AGUCCGGGUGCUCGGGGCGCUCGGGCUGCUGACGAGAGGGCCGCCGCCCGCAGGACGCAGGCCCCGCCGUCCAGCCGCAGUCCCGCGGAGCGAGCGCGAGCACCAGCGCCAGCGCCAGCGCCAGCGAGCUCGGCCUAGGCCCCACUCCGCCGCUGUCAUGGGCUGCACGUUGAGCGCCGAGGACAAGGCGGCGGUGGAGCGGAGUAAGAUGAUCGACCGCAACUUGCGGGAGGACGGGGAGAAAGCGGCCAAAGAAGUGAAGCUGCUCCUGCUGGGUGCUGGAGAAUCGGGUAAAAGUACCAUUGUGAAACAGAUGAAAAUCAUUCAUGAAGAUGGCUAUUCAGAGGAAGAAUGUAAACAGUAUAAAGUAGUUGUCUACAGUAAUACUAUACAGUCCAUCAUUGCAAUCAUUAGAGCCAUGGGACGGCUAAAGAUUGAUUUUGGGGAACCUGCCAGAGCAGAUGAUGCUCGGCAAUUAUUUGUUUUAGCUGGCAGUGCUGAAGAAGGAAUCAUGACUUGAGAACUAGCAGGGUUGAUUAAACGGCUAUGGCGAGAUGGUGGGGUGCAGGCAUGCUUUAGCAGGUCCAGGGAAUAUCAACUCAACGAUUCUGCUUCAUAUUACCUAAAUGAUUUGGAUAGAAUAUCACAAACCAACUACAUUCCAACUCAGCAAGAUGUUCUUCGGACCAGAGUGAAGACCACAGGCAUUGUGGAAACACAUUUCACCUUCAAAGACCUAUACUUCAAGAUGUUUGAUGUAGGUGGCCAAAGAUCAGAACGAAAAAAAUGGAUUCACUGUUUUGAGGGAGUGACAGCAAUUAUCUUCUGUGUGGCCCUCAGUGAUUAUGACCUUGUUUUAGCCGAGGAUGAGGAGAUGAACCGAAUGCAUGAAAGCAUGAAGCUCUUUGACAGCAUUUGUAACAACAAAUGGUUUACAGAAACUUCCAUCAUUCUCUUCCUUAACAAGAAAGACCUUUUUGAAGAAAAAAUAAGGAGGAGUCCAUUAACUAUCUGUUACCCGGAAUACACAGGUUCUAAUACAUAUGAAGAGGCAGCUGCUUACAUUCAGUGCCAGUUUGAAGAUCUGAACAGAAGGAAAGAUACCAAGGAGAUCUAUACUCACUUCACCUGUGCCACAGACACCAAGAAUGUGCAGUUUGUUUUUGAUGCUGUUACAGAUGUCAUCAUUAAAAACAACUUAAAGGAAUGUGGACUUUAUUGAAGAAGGGGGAUGCUAGUAAAAGUUACUACAGUGUGGAGUGUUGAGACCAGACAUCCUUUGCCUCCUCGUGGGGCAGCUGCAAGCAUGACGGGACCAGGGAAUGGCAGCAGCAUGCAGAAUCUUAGCACUCUUUAGCACAAUCUUCUGCGUUAGGGAACUUUAAUUGACAUGAGAUGCUAAAGGCAGACAUUGGAAUUUGAACAACUAUAAAGUGAGAUUUGAUCAUGAAGACAUCACGUGGAUUUAAUCAUCUCAGAUAUAUAGGGCAGAUAAGUUGAGGUGCUGCGUUCCAGAACUUUUAAUACAUAGCUUACUGUUUUCCUUCUUAACAAAUCACCAGUUCAUUUUUCACGUUUUUUCAUCAAGAGAAGAAUAACUCUACUAAAUUUUAUUUCUUUAUUUGCAAAAGAAUCUUUUUAUUAGAACACAAACAGUCUUAACUAUGCACUUGAGGUGACUAGAUCAUCUGGAAAAUAUUCCUCUUAGUAGGAACUCUUUGUUUUUAAUUCUUGGUAUGGUCCAUGAUACAUUAUUUCCAUACUUAAAAAUCUUUUGAGUUAUAUUAGGGCUAAAAAACAUAACUUUUUGAAUGAAAUUAUUUUGCUGUCCUGCACAAAAUACCGUAAUGGUUUCUGAAUGGUAAUUACAUUGGAGAGUUCUGUGAUGAGAUUCUAGCUCUUUUAAACUUAUGGCUGAGGUUAACCUUGUUUAUGCUAAUUACCAAAUUACUAGUUAAAUGCUCAUGGAGUAAGAUAAAAUCAGCAUCAAGUGAAAGGCACACCCAGGC